AUGGAGGACGUUUGGCUUCACUCCAACUCUGACAAAGGCGACGGUUCAGUGCGGUACAUCCUGAGCGGAGAAGGAGCGGGGACUAUAUUCAUCAUCGACGAGGUGACGGGAGACAUUCACGCCACCAAGAGCCUGGACCGGGAACGGAAAUCGCACUACGUCCUGCACGCGCAAGCCCUGGACCGCAACACGGAGGACGCCCUGGAGCCCAAGUCCGAGUUCAUCAUCAAAGUCCAAGACAUCAACGACAACGCACCCAGGUUCCCAGACGGGCCCUUCGACGCCGACGUGCCCGAGAUGUGCGAAGUGGGUCAGUAUCAGAACAACGCACUGUGGGAGCGCUUUACUUCAAUCUAG